GUUAACCGCAAGUAGCGAAGGGAGCCACAUGCGAGAAUUACGAUGCAUCUCCCUAUCGAGCCGUUAAUCUCGAAUAGCACAUGAUUCAUGAUUCAUGCCGUAGUACUUGCUCUCUUUUUUUUCCUUCUUUACGCUUUUUCAUCAUCAUGGGAUAAUUUUCAUUUUCUCGAAACUCAUCGUCGAUUGGAGGUUAAUUGUCAUCUCUUUAAUUCUAAGCUAGGCUAAGUCGCGACAAAAUUUAGUGUGUACCCGUCCGACGAGAUGGAUACCGAGCACGUACUGAAGAACGACAUCGGACAAUGCUUGAAAUUGAUAGUGUCCGGGAACGACGCGACUGUCAGCGACGGCUGGCUGAUGCUGCAAAAUCUUCAGGAUCGCGAAUUCAACCAGCUGACCGACUGCGAGGAGACGCUGAGGGAUAUUCUCCGAGGCGAGAUAGCAAAUAUGUCAGAAGUGCCGAAGAUUAUGGCUUGGAUGUCGGGUUACAUCACGGAGAAACGUUUCAACAUCAAUCCCAUUUCCAACGACGUCGCCGUGCUACUGCGAAAAACGGAUAUCGACGACAUGUCGCACCUGACUGAACUUCUGAGCACCCUGGCGGAUCACAGGGUGUAUCUGCCUAGAUCGGCGAAUCAUACGAAACUCUGCGAGGCCAUAGUCACAAGCCUGUCUUCCUUUCAGAUGCCCUUGGAGCCGAAGAAAAUAACUGAGUUUUAUGACAACACCGCCAAGAUUCAACAUUUUCUAAAAGCCCUUUGUUCGAAUACAAAAAAUGGAGAGCGUGACAUUCUCAUGUUUACCUGUCUUCAAACUUUAUAUAACAUCAUAUCCGAUACAAAUAGAAGACAGGAACCAGGUCCGGGACUCGCUGCCAUAUUGCAGCUGGUAGAAGCUUCCGUUAUUCCACAGGCGGUAGACUGGAUUCUAUCCCAGUCUCAUACCGACCAUCAACUAAUACAAGCCUUGAAAGUUUUAUGCAACUGGCUCCCGAAAUGGCUUGAAGAUCGACUUAGCGUUUGGAUAAUGGAAUUCAUACGUGGUUUGGAAAAGCAACAUAAAUAUUCCACCCUUCUUGAAUUAACGGAAUUUUCAAUAGACAUAGGAAUGUUAAUGUGUAGAGUGUUAUUGAUACCAGUGAUCCGCCAGAAUGCUUCUAACAUUAUAUUUUAUAUCUUGAAGAGGCAAAGUUCAUUAUCAUUUGUUCAGAAUGUAGUUAAGAAGAUACCGGCAUUAAUAAAAGGCUUGAUGAAGGAAAAUUCAGAUUCCAGUAAAGACUGCAUACAGAAUUUAGUUGAUAUCAUGAAAGUAUACAGCAAGAGAUUUUCUACCUGUAUGCCAUGUGGAAAUGCAGAAAAUUAUCCUUUUCCUGUACCACCACGCAUGCAAGUUGUUAAAGAACUUUGCAGGGAGCCAGUAUGGAUAGAUGAAACAAAAGAAUUUGAACCAAUUGUAGAACCAGAAAGGCCAUUAUCUGGAAAAGUUGGACUAUCCAAUCUUGGAAAUACUUGUUACAUGAAUAGUGUAUUGCAAGCGUUAUUAAUGACCAGACAAUUCUGUCAAGAAGUAUUGAAUUAUCGUCCCUUAAAUGAAUCAAGUAAAACACCCUUGUUAGAAAAACUUCAAAAUUUAUUUGCAUUAUUAUUAUAUUCUAAGAGAAUAUGUUUGGCACCAACUGAAGUAUUACGAGCAUCAAGACCAACAUAUUUUUUACCUGGACAACAACAAGACAGUUCAGAAUUUUUAUGUCAUCUUUUGGAUGUUCUGCAUGAACAAGAAAAAUCUGCCAAUACAAACUGUGGAGGGAGUGAUAAUACGGCGACUCUUAAAUGUAAAAUUGAGAAACAGGAAGACUAUGUAACGUUGCCAAUGGAAUCAACAAAAAGUAUUAUUAAGCGUUGGACAACUGAAGAAGAUCUAACAGAAGGUUUAGCUUUACAACGAAAAACUCAAUCAUUAGCGGAUUUUACACGAGGUGAGGAGCUUGGACAACGACUUAGUGAUUCUCAUUCGGAUUCAACUGACAGCGGUAUACAAUCCGUAGGUGGUGAAGAAACAGGCACAUACACAUCUCUUAUACACAGGGUACUAGGCGGAGAGUGUCAAAUCACCUACCAAUGCGCACAAUGUGACACUAGUUCCCGCAAUACGGACAAAUUUCGUGAUCUACAGUUGUGCUUUCCCGAAGAGAUACAGGAAAACCAGGAAGUAUCCGUUCAGGAUCUUAUCAAUUAUUAUCUUACACCAGAGAAGCUUACGGGGGAAAACAAAUAUCGAUGCGACAAGUGCAUGAAGUUGUGCGACGCGCAGAGGAUCAUUACAAUUCUACAAGCACCCGCGCAUUUAAUUCUGACACUGAAACACUUCCGAUAUGAUUUCGAUACUCGACUAAGGACCAAACUUCGGCACAAAGUAGUAUAUAACGAUACCAUACAAUUACCGGUAUCGACGAUACCAUAUACCGUAGCCGAAACGUAUCAUUUGUACGCCGCUGUCGUGCAUUCCGGAUAUAGCAUGGAUUAUGGGCACUAUUUCACAUAUGCUUGCGAUUCCAAGCAGAAUUGGUACAAAUUUAACGACAGUUUCGUAACGCAAACUACAUUCGAGGACUUUAAAAGCUUGAAACCUCCCGAUACGCCCUACAUAUUGUUCUAUGAAAAAUCGGGAGCUCAUGACGGGAUGUACGAAGAUGACAAGCCUGAAUUGUCGACUCUAAAUAAACGUAUACAAGAAUUGAUAGCAAAUGAUACUACAGAUUAUAUAGAAGAGUUGAGACGUCGAGCGAUAGCGUCGCAACGUAGUCAAUUUCUGACAAAGCCUUUGAGACAGCAUAACAAUUCCGACGAUGAUAAUCCGCCACCCAGUAGCUGUCGUGGUGCAAUCGACGUCCCGGCGAGUCGUUUUCUUUAUUAAAUGAAAAAUCUAUACGAAUAACAAAUCUUGCCAAUUGCAAACACUUCUGUAUUUGUUCUAAAUAUUUAUACAUACAAAG